ACGCCUCACCGGAGCGAUGAAAAUACAAGCACCGGGGAACAAAUCAGCACCAGAAUCACUGACCACAUCACGAACACAGCGCAAACAUGCGGCAUGUGUGUGAGGAUGGACUUUGCCUUGAAUCCAUCAGUGCAGUUUGGGGUGAAGAGGGUUUCUGAUGCAUACACAAGGGCUCUGAGAGGGCAGUGUGGAGCUUCCAUAUAUGGGCAUGCCCUCAGCUCUCGCUUCCUAUUGGCUGAUGGAGCUGUGCAGCUGCAUGUCAACAAGAUGGCCUUCCUCUCCUGCUUUACUGCAUCUGCUUUACAAUUACUCCACUUUAAUGCGUUAAAGCGCGACUAGGACAUUCUGUAGCUGUCGAAAACACAGCGAGAGAAGGAGAGAGAGAGAGAGAGAGAAAAGGAGAGAAAGAAGGAAAGAGAGAGAAAGAGAGAGAGAGAGGAAGGACAGCUCUCUCUAGCUAUAGGUCAUAGGCUAAUGCUAAUGCUAAUGUUGAUAUUGAUGUUGAUGUAGCAGACCUGUGACACUCCGGCCUUGUUUUAUUUUCUUCUUCUUUUUCUAAUUUUUAAGUAAAUGUUUUUAGAGACGUUUUUAUUCGACGUUAGUGAUUGUUUUUUUUUUUUUUUUUUUGGUCAUUGUGGUGUGACAGCUGUUCUGUCGGAGCCCAAACACAUUGUUUAAAAGAUUGAAACUUUUGAUGGAGACUUCAGACCGUGAACAACGAGUAUGAGUGGUGAAGAGCAGAAUAACUGCCCGGCUUAGUGGCAGAUAUGCUCUUGAUGAAGGGCUCAUGAUGAACCGCGACACCUUUUCCCACAUCCGACUGUGGUGCCCGCGUCCCUUCGGCACCUACUCGCAGAACAAGCCUUACAGCAAUGGCACGAUUGGCGGCGGGACAACAACGUCUGCUCUGUGUAAAGCCGACACCGCCGGCUGUCCGUCCACAGACGAAGGCGGAGUUGCCGAGGAGCAUAAUGAGGACGUGGGCACUGAGAACACUCCUCCUGCUUCAUCAUCAUCAUCGUCCAACCUCCUGGCACCCACGCCGCCUGCACCGCCUUCUCCCGCUUCACAAAUGGAAGACGGCAGGGUGUUGCUCGAUACGUGGUACGUCAUCAAACCAGGCAACACCAAGGAGAAAAUUGCCUUUUUUGUGGCUCACCAGUGUACAGGAGCAGGGAUUCCGAGACCUAGUGCCAUGAAGGUGAAGGGAAACUGGGCAACAGACUGUACCAAGGCUAAGCGUCGCCGCCGCUGCUCGUCGUACGACCCGUCGACGAGAGCGCAGAAUGAGACCUCGGAGCCACCGCCGGAGCCCGGCUGCCUGGAGGACAGCGUUGGAGUGAACGAGACCGAUCUGCUGUCUGUAGCAGAGAUGGUGGCUCUUGUCGAGCAGCGCACGGCCAUGGCCUUGCAAGGCAUGGCAGCUCAAGGACAAAUCACCUCAAGCAACCAGCAGCAUACGGUCCUCCACAAUUCCGUUUCAGAUUCUCCGCCUGUCGUAUUCCUUUCAGAAUCUUCUCCUCCUGCCCCAACGUCUAAAAGUGACUUUGAACGGCGGCAGCAGCAGCAGCAGCAAGAAUCCCGACGCGUCGCUCAGGCAGUAGCGCGCUUCGAGUCUCAGCAGCAAAAUCUUGAGAGUACGAUACUGCGGCCUCAGAUUCACGACUCCGGUAAAGACCGGGAUUGUGCCGGUGAGACGGGAGCAAACGGCCAAAGCCACGGCCGAGGGGAAGUUAGGAUCGCGUUUCGGGUGUCUAGUUUGGAUCCGCGGUCGCAGUCUGAGCCUGAAGGUCGCCCCAGGUGCAUGUUUAUGAGCUGUGGGACUGGAGCAGGACAGGCAGCAACCAGGGCCAAAGAAAAGAUCACAUGUGACCUUUACCAGCUGGUUAGCCCUUCAUCUCGAGACUCCAGUACCGUCCUGGCUGGCUCAUCAAAAUCCGAUUCCACAGGAGAAGACAUCACCGAGCGGCCUCCCUCCACGGCUACGGAUCACACUCCAGACCACUGCUCCGGAGAGAAAAAGGCCGUGGCUCGGGAGCGGGUGACUGGCUUCCACGUCGAAGUUGUAGUCACGGGAGCCGUGGACCAGUGUGUCUUCUACGGUAAGGACAGCACAGAGAACGUCCAAGAAGAGACUGUUUGCAUAGCUGUGCCUAGUGGGGCGAACCGAGCCGACGUUUUAGAAGAACCUCCACCUGGCCAGCUUUUCUUUCUCCAAAGCCCGUCCGCCGAAGAUGAAAGUGGUUCUGGGAUCCCCGGCGGAAUGUGCUCUUUGGAUCGUGCGAAUAACAGUGGGUCGGUAGGGAGCGCGGUAGAGAGGCCGGCCAGCCCGAUCGCCAGCGUGGAAGACUGUGCCGAUAAAUCUCUCUGCCGCCUCUACCGUCACGUCUCCCAUGACUUCCUGGAGAUCCGUUUCCAGAUCCAGCGGCUUCUGGAGCCACGGCAGUAUAUGCUCAUGCUUCCCGACCACAUCAUGGUGAACAUCUUCAGCUACUUACCCACCCGCUCUCUAGCAGCCCUGAAGUGCACCUGCCAUGACUUCAAGGCCCUGAUCGAGACCUACGGCGUGCGCGCCACAGACUCUCGCUGGAACCAGGACCCGCUGUAUCGCGACGAUCCCUGCAAGCAGUGCAAGCGGCAGUACGAGCGGGGGGACGUCUCGCUUUGCCGCUGGCACCCCAAACCUUACCACCACGACCUGCCUUACGGACGCUCGUACUGGAUGUGCUGCCGGCGCACGGACAAGGACACACCCGGCUGUAGAGUUGGACUGCACGACAACAACUGGGUACAGCCAUGUGACAUGGUUCAGGCCCGCGCCAAAAGAGACGAUGGGAGGUGAAGACAGGCGCAGGGCGAUUCUGGGUUCCUUUCUUACUCUCACUUUGCCUAAACCUCAUGACAGUGUAAUAUUUAUGGUUGAGCCUGCUUCCCCACCUCAGCUUGUUAACCCUGCUAUCAUGUCAGUAUCAGUUCUUAGCAGUGCAGCAGCGUACUUAAAUCUUACGGCCGUAACAUGCUGAGUGACGCUGACGCCUGAAUCCCGGCGCUGAUUAAAUGAGGUUAACGUCUGCUGCAUGGGACUAAAUCUUCACACGUAUUUGUAAAUUGGUUAGAAAGUCUUUCUGGCUUGGCAGUGUUUUCCUGAAACCCAGCACUGAAGCCGAUCCCAACCUUGCCAAACCCCGCAGGCUAGGCGUUGACGUGUCUUGCUGAAGUUAUUAAAUGUAUUGAGGUCGGAUGUCAUGGUUUCUUUACAGACCCGGGGGCAAAAAAAGAGCAAAAAUGAUGUCACUUUACAAAUACCUGAUGUCACUUUGUAAUCUACAGUUCUACUGCUUAUGGUUUUUUUGUUUGUUUGUUUGUUUAAUUUCUUUUUUUGUGUGUGAAUGAGUGAAUUCUGUUCCUUCCUUACAUCCUUCCCUUUUUUUUAUUUUGGUUGUGUUUUUUUUGUUUUUUGGGUGGGUUUCAAUGUUUGCAAUGAAAAAUAAGAAUAUCGAAACAAAUGUUUUUCUUGUUCAGACUUUUCCUCCGCCGUUCCCCGGCACCAGCCAGGUCGCUAAUAACCUGUUUCUGCUUUCUGUUGGUGAAAGAAAAGAAAAAAAAAAAACAUCAGGUUUCAGCCUUAAGCUCAUUCCGUCUUCUCGCUCCAUCUACAAUCUUUCAAACAGAAUCAAAUGUUGAUGCUGAUGAUGCCCUUUGGUUUGGGAGACCGUUGUAGGUUUCGCAGUCAGCUGAUGCUAUAGGGAAUUUUUGCCUCUAAAGUAAAUAAAAGUUAUUUAAAACUGG